CGGUGUACGCGUCGGCGUUUGGCAUUUCCUUGUCUUUGGAAAUCGAUGCCUUGUUAAGCAGUCCUAAAAUAUCCUGUUGAUUUUAAAUGAAAAUGACGGAGACGGAUAGCAUCAUGAGUAAGAUGCGGGGUGUCGAAGAUACUUUGAAGGAUUCACUGCAUCGGGUGGAAGUUAUCGAAAAGAAAUUGAAAUCCAGAUUACUUACCAUAGAAAAUCGAGAUAGAUUAGAACGAGAGCUGGAGGAAGUUAAGGAGAUCCUUCGGAAGAACGAACAACAGUUACAGGGACUCCGAUAUGAAAAUACAAGGUCGUUUAUGGUAGCGGCGUGUUUGGUAUUCGUGGCUUUCUUGGUCUUUGGUUUGUACUCCAUGAUCUUUGGAAGCUUAUGACGGCAGGCAUAAAUUCCUCCGCAAGUACUUGGAAUAGGGACCAACAAAGUAUUAUUUAUAUUUGCAUUUACAUAAUGCUUUUGUGAAUAAUUGUAUCUAUAUGUUGAUUUUGGAACGAGUUUAGUUUUUUUUUAUACAAUUUGUUAAUAUGUACAUUUUUACGUGGACUUUAAAUAACAAGAAAACCAGUUUUAUAAAGUGGA